UGCGCGUCGCGCGCCACACGCACUAAAGCGGCUGCAGGGAGCACGGAGCGCUUUUCCCUCCUCUUUUUUCUGGUAAACAGAAACAUGCCUCUAUCAGUGUCGAGUACCCGUGGCCAGAGACGGAGCUGGUGGGAGAUCCCCGUGUUUUUGUUCGAUUGUAACUUCUUUCUCCGAGUGUUUUUUCUCCGGGUUUUGUGCCAGUCUGUGAGCUGGCAUGUAACCAGGCUGUGACCGGACUGCUGCUGCUGCUGCUGGACCCGGGCUGGGGCGCAGGAUGGCGGACGCGGGGAGCAACCAGAGCGCGGUGAACUCCACCACUCACUUCAGCUACCUGGAGGACAUCGAAGUGUUCGCGGACGGCUCGCCGGGGCUCCGGUUCCUCGUGUCCAUCGUGUACUCGUUCGUGUGCGCCGUGGGCUUGGUGGGCAACAUCCUGGUGUUCUUCCUGAUGAAGUCGAGGCAGAGCAAGAAGCCGUCCUCCGUCAACUUCUUCAUCCUCAACCUGGCCGUCACUGACUUCCAGUUCGUGGUGGCGCUGCCCUUCUGGGCCGUGGACAUCGCGCGCGACUUCAGCUGGCCGUUCGGACACGUCAUGUGCAAGGUGGUGCUGUCGGUGACGGUGCUGAGCUGCUACGCGAGCGUCUUCUUCCUCACCGCCAUGAGCGUCACGCGCUACUGGGCCGUGGCGUCGGCGCUCCGGGACCGCACCCGGCGCACGCGCUGCUCGGUGAAGCGCGUGAGCGCGCUGCUGUGGCUGCUGGCCUCGGUGGCCACGGUGCCCACCAUGGUGUUCUCGGCGCAGAAGCAGGUGUACGGCGAGUACCUGUGCCUCAUCAGCCUGCCCGACCGCAAGUGGCUCGCGCUGUACCACUUGCAGAAGAUCUUCGUGGGCUUCUUGUUCCCGCUGCUCAUCGUGUGCGUGUGCUACCUGCUGCUGCUGCAGCUCGUAAGCCUCCGCAGCAUGAACAACAACUUGCCCAAGCGGCGCUCCAAGGUCACGCGCUCCGUCACCAUUGUGGUGCUGUCCUUCUUCUUCUGCUGGAUGCCCAACCACGCCAUCACCUUCUGGGGCGUGCUGGUCAAGCUGGACGUGGCCAACUUCGGGCAAGCCUACUACAUCUGCCACACGUACGUCUACCCCGUGGCGUACUGCCUGGCGUACGCCAACAGCUGCCUCAACCCGGUCCUGUACUGCCUGACGCGGAGGGAGUUCCGCAAGAUGCUCAAGGACCUGUUCUGGAGGUUCUCCUCUCCGGCGGCGGUCAACAGCUGCCGCGUGCGCCCGUACUCGGGGAGCACCAAAGGCGAGCCGUACGACAGCCAAGCGGCUAUUCCGCUUAAUGUGAUCGACACGGAGCACUGCAGGCUCUCCGGGCUCAACGGACAGUGUGGGACGCCGAGGUGAACGCGCGCAAGCGGCGCGGAAAACGGUGCGUAAAACCCGUUGCUCGGGCUGGAAACUGGAUUUUCUAACCCAGUGUUUCGUCUUGUGUGCGGUCUGUAUCUGCUGAACAGUAGACUGGCUACCGGAGCGGUGCGGCAUGGCUACACAUGUUUUUCCUCAAAGCUACACACUAAAGAAAAUCAUUUGGCAAAAACACUGGUCAAAACAUAUAUGUAAAUUGAGGUGUAUUUGCUUAUAUUAAGCAAAAAAAAAAAAAUCUGCCAAUAGGGUAAGCACAUUUUUCCUACUAAGAGUUCUUAAAAUAAGUAUUUGAAACAAGUAUAUUUUUAAUUUUAGAUCUAUAGAACUACAGAUUCACAGAACUAAUUCUAGAUUAAUCACAGAGAUCCAUAUAAAUCUAAACCAAUCCCUAAAUUCCAUUAAAAAAACCUUUCACUGAACUCUAGACCAUUCACUGAUAUAUAUACAACUUUUUGACAAGUCACUGAGAUACAUACAGCUCUGGAAAAAAAAUAAGAGACCACUUAAAAUCGUUUAAAGUUCAUUUCUUUGAUUUUGCCAAAUUGAAAACCUCUGGAUUAUAAUCAAGAGGAAGAUGGAUGACCACAUGCCAUCAAACCAAGCUGAACUGCUUGAAUGUUUACACCAGGAGUGGCAUAAAGUUAUCCAAAAGCAGUGUGCAAGACUGGUGGAGGAGAACAUGCCAAGAUGCAUAAAAACUGUGAUUAAAAAACAGGGUUAUUCCACCAAAUAGUGAUUUCUGAACUCUUAAAACUUCAUGAAUAAGAACUUGUUUUCUUUGCAUUAGUUGAGGUCUGAAAGCUCUACAUCUUUUUUUGUUAUUUUAGCAAUUUCUCAUUUUCUGCAAAAAAAAUGCUCUAAAUGACAAUAUUUUUAUUUGAAAUUGUGGAAAAAUGUUGUCAGUAAUUUAUAGAAUAAAACAACAAUGUUUAUUUUAUUCGAACAUAUACCUAUAAAUAGCAAAAUGAGAGAAACUGAUUUAGAAACUGAAGUGGUCUCUUAAUUUUUUCCUGAGCUGUAUAUUUCUAGACUGAUCCCUGCGAUCCAUAGACCUCUAGACUAAUCUCUGAGCUUCCUGAGACUAGUCACUAAGAUCUAUACAACUCUAGACCAUUAAUUGAUAUCUGUUCCAAUUUUCCCCAUUUACUAAGAUACAUAUUUCUAGACUAAAAUUACGGAUUUGUUGGGUCUAAAAUACUUGGACCUGUAACUUUUUUGUGCUUAUUUUAAGUUCAAAUAUUUUUUUAUUCAAGUAAUUAUAUCUUAAAUAAGCAGCAUAAUCUUGCACUAGCAGUGCUUAGUAAGACAUACAGUUGAAUCAAAGAAAAAAAAAGAUUUAUUGUCUUUAAAUUUGAUUAUUUCACUUGCUAAGAUUUUUUUUGCAGUGGACUAAACCCGUAAAACAGUGUGAACCAUCUGUGAAUAGUCUACAUGUGCCCAACAAAUUACGCACGAAGCCUCAAAAGCCAUGCAUUGUCAUAUUGCAUAAACUGUAGCCCACGCCAGAGUGGAGCCGGUGCAUGACUGCUCUGAUGAUCUAUCUGCCUCUGUCGACAUAAUCUAAUGUUACCUGUAAAUACGAGUUUUGCGUACGUAUCUGCUAUUUAUAACGUAUGAGAAAGAAAGAAAGAAAGAAAGAAAGAAAGAAAGAAAGAAAGAAAGAAAGAAAGAAAGAAAGAAAGAAAGAGAGGGGAUGCCACUUGCGCACAGACUGCAGCAGUUUUUGCAGUACCCUGAACUCUAAGAAACCUGGAGCAUGCUAGUUUCUAUUGCUUUAUUCUCUUUCUCUUUGGACAUAUUGGAGGAGAACAUUUUAUGCAAUGCAGCCAUGCUGUUUUUGUGUGGAGAUGUCACAGGACAUAUCUGUGGGAGCCGGAUCUUCUUCAGUGUUAUGUUUACGACGGGAUGGAUGGAUCUGUCUCUACUGAUCUCUUGCUCUUUCUGAUGUAAACUCUGAAGGAUAUGUGUGUGAGUGUGUUGUUUUUCCUUUUUCGAACGGCUGCCCCCCUUGGAAAAUUCCAGACGAUUAACAUCUGUUACUGUAAGUGUAAUAAAAGUGUGUAAAUGUUCUCAGUAAUUUGAUGGUUUUGCCCCCAAAGGAAAUGAAUGUACAGGCCGCGACUCCGCUGUCGAUUGUAAAGCGAGUAAUAAAGGCUUAUCUUAUCGAG